AUGCAUGGUUUUGUGAAGGUUCUCUUGAAAGCACUGGUUGAUGCUCGUAAUGGACCACCCCCCUAUGCUCCUCCUAGGAAGGAGGCAUCCUCAUCGAGUCGCAGCCCUUACAGUGGGGGUAGGUAUGAGAGUGAGACGCCGCAGCCAAACUUCCCCAAGAGGAGGAGACUUGGGAUGCGCACCUCCGCACCUCCCGCGACGGAAGUUCUUAUGGUCGAUAAGCAUAUCGACGUCGCUACAUAUAAAUUUAUCUAUACUGCCCGCUUCAAUGCUGAGACUGUCAAGAACCUUUUGCAUACACUAAAUGAUGGCAAGAUAUCAAAAAAGAAGUUCAAUAUGAGGCUUGCACCGGAAGAAACAUCAAUGAAGUUGACUGGUUAUGAACACAAUGGUGUAACCUGUGUAGGCAUGAAAACUGAUAUACCGGUCAUUUUAGAUGAAGCAAUUGUGAAGCUAAAUCCAGAUUUCUUCUGGUUGGGAGGUGGUGAGGUUGAUAUCAAACUGGGGAUCAAGACUCCGGAAUUCAUUAAUUACACAAAGCCAUUCAUUAUUAACUGCAGCGGCCACUGA